GUAGGUGAAGCAGAAUGCGACCGUGCAGGUAUAUCAGCUGUUCUACGAGGCAAACAUAAAGUCAGCAUACUAACCUCUGUUUUUUUAUGGAUCGUUUAUUUUGGAUCACAGGAAAUUAUUCUGGACGGACAUAAAUAAUCAAAAAAGACAGUUUAUCUUGAAGUUCUCGUUACUUUUCUAUCGAAAAGACAGCAAGCCUUAAACCUGCAUUGACAAGGAAGAGGAAGUGACAUCAUCUCCUCAGCCUCGUGAGGGAGACAGAGAGUAGGUCGACGCUGGACGCAGCCAUGGUGCUGAUCCUGGGCAGGAGGCUGAAUCGGGAGGAGUCCAGGGUGCGGGACUCCCCGGCCGUGAAGCGCAAGGCAUUCGAGGUGGACCCCAAGUCGCUGGGGGGCCCCGAGGUGUUCGACUUCUCCCUGGGGCCCGGCCACGCCGAGGGCGUCCUGCAGGCUCUGAACGAGCUGCGCCACAGCCGCCUCUUCACCGACGUGGUGAUCAGCGUGGAGGGCCGGCAGUUCCCCUGCCACCGCGCCGUGCUGUCGGCCUGCAGCGGCUACUUCCGCGCCAUGUUCUGCAACGACCACCGCGAGAGCCGCGAGAUGCUGGUGGAGAUCAACGGCAUCCGGGCAGACGCCAUGGACAGCUUCCUGCAGUACGUCUACACGGGCCGGGCCCGCAUCACCACCGACAACGUGCAGUUCCUCUUCGAGACCUCCAGCCUGUUCCAGAUCGGGGCGCUGCGGGACGCCUGCGCCAACUUCCUGGAGGAGCAGCUGGACCCGUGCAACUGCCUGGGGCUGCAGCGCUUUGCCGCCGCGCACGCCCUGAAGCAGCUGGCGGCACGCUGCCGCGCCUACGCCCUGCAGAGCUUCCCCGAGGUGGCGCGGCACGAGGAGUUCCUGGAGCUGCGGCAGGACGAGCUGGAGGAGUACGUGGGCAGAGAGGAGCUGGCGGCGGGCCGGGAGGAGGAGGUGUUCGAGGCGGUGAUGCGCUGGGUGUACCACGACGCCGAGGCCCGGCGGCCGGCGCUCCGCGACCUGCUCCAGCACGUGCGGCUGCCCCUCCUGCACCCCAACUACUUCGUACAGACGGUGGAGGGAGACCGGCUGAUACAGACCGCCCCCGAGUGCUACCAGCUCCUCCACGAGGCGCGGCGCUACCACGUGCUGGGAAACGAGAUGAUGUCACCCAGGACCCGCCCUCGCAGGUCCACGGGCUUUUCUGAAGUCAUUGUGGUGGUGGGUGGGUGCGAGAGGCUGGGCGGUUUUAACCUACCCUACACCGAGUGCUAUGACCCCGUCAGCGGCGAGUGGAAGUCCCUGGCCAAGCUGCCCGAGUUCACCAAGUCCGAGUACGCCGUCUGCGCCCUCAGGAACGACAUCCUGGUCUCAGGGGGUCGGAUCAACAGCCGGGACGUGUGGAUGUACAACUCCCAGCUGAACAUCUGGAUCCGCGUGGCGUCCCUCAUCAAGGGCCGGUGGCGUCACAAGAUGGCCGUCCUGCUGGGCAAGGUGUACGCUGUGGGGGGCUAUGAUGGGCAGAACCGCUUGAGCAGUGUGGAGUGCUACGACUCCUUCUCCAACCGCUGGACGGAGGUGGCGCCCCUGAAGGAGGCCGUUAGCUCCCCCGCCGUCGCCGGCUGCGUCGGCAAGCUGUUCGUCAUCGGCGGCGGCCCCGACGACAACACCUGUUCUGACAAGGUCCAGUGCUAUGACCCUGAGUCAGACACCUGGUUGCUAAGGGCCAACAUCCCCAUCGCUAAGCGCUGCAUCACUGCCGUGUCCCUCAACAACCUCAUCUAUGUGUGCGGGGGCCUGACCAAGUCCCUCUUCUGCUACGACCCCGCCGAGGAUUACUGGAUGCACGUGGUUCACACCUUCAGCAAGCAGGAGAGCUGUGGCAUGUCUGUGUGCAACGGGAAGAUCUUCAUCCUGGGGGGUCGGGGGGAGAGCGGGGAGGCUUCUGACAGCAUCGUGUGCUACGACCCCGCCACCGGCAUCGUGACGGGCGUGGCCGCCAUGCCCCGCCCCAUCUCCUACCAUGGCUGCGUCACCAUACACCGCUACAAUGAGAAGUUCUACAGGUCCUGACCCUGCCAGGGUGGACCGCGGUGGGUUGUAACGUUGUCUGUAUGUUUCUGGGAUGUCUGGGACAGGUAUGCCAGGGUAGAGGGGGGGAGCUCUCUCCUGCCUUUCCAGAGCUCCUCCUUCUCAGAGGCCUCUGCGUCACGCAGGACUUUUGGUCUUCAUGAAGUGCUCAUUGUUUGCGCUGUUGGGUCUCAUGCAGUUAUUUAAGAGGAGCCAGGGCCGGUGUGUGGGGGUGCUUAGGGGCGCAUUGCACUCCCACACGGACCUCAGUGCACCUCCAGCUGUCUCCUUAUAUCCCGAUGUAAUAAAUACUAUGCAGACGUUUUUUUAAGAUAUGGCAUUCUGUGUCCCCCUGUGGGUUGCAAGUGCACCCCUCUGUAUUUUCUCGGGGCCCCGAGCCCAGAGGGAGCGCACCUCAGGAGGCGGGGAGGAACCAAACCCUGACGCUAACACAACUCUUGCAGAGCCUGCAGACUCUCUCCUGCCCU